GAUGAGACCAACGGUCCCAGGAAGCAGCUUUGCUUAUUCCUUAUUUUAUAGCGAUAAAGACAGGGAAUAUACGGCAUUUUGAGGUCAGCGGGAACAAAUAAUGGAGUAAAAUAAAGUAAAGAAUUAUGUCAGGUUAGCUUGCCGUCAACGUCAGGAUUUCUGUUAUGAUUUGGCGUUGAUUUCGGUGUUGUUUACUGUGCUGAGAGUUCCUCUGGAGGGAUAACUGGAGCCUAAUAUUAGGCAGAAAAUACACAUUAUAUUUCUCUUAUAUCGAGGGGUGGCGGCCAGCCGAUAGUUAACUCUGGAGCCGGAAACGGAGGAGGGUGUGGCCAUGACAGGAGAGACUGCAGCUACCCUUCCCAUGAGCAACCACACCCGGGAGAGGGUGACUGUGGCCAAGCUGACCCUGGAGAACUUCUACAGCACCCUGCUCUCCCAGCACGAGGAGCGGGAGAUGAGGCAGAAGAAGCUGGAGAAGGCCAUGGACGAUGAGGGUUUGCCAGAUGAGGAGAAAGUAAUGCGGCGCUCACAGCACGCCCGUAAGGAGACUGAGUUCUUGCGACUGAAGAGGACGAGACUCGGCUUGGAUGACUUUGAGUCUCUCAAAGUUAUCGGGCGGGGAGCUUUUGGAGAGGUCCGUUUGGUGCAGAAAAAAGACACGGGGCACAUUUACGCCAUGAAGAUUUUGAGAAAAGCAGACAUGCUGGAAAAAGAACAGGUCGCUCAUAUCCGGGCAGAGCGGGAUAUUCUGGUGGAGGCUGACGGAGCCUGGGUGGUAAAGAUGUUCUACAGCUUCCAGGACAAGAGGAACCUCUACCUCAUCAUGGAGUUCCUUCCUGGAGGCGACAUGAUGACCCUGCUGAUGAAGAAGGACACUCUGUCUGAAGAGGCCACACAGUUCUACAUCGCAGAGACGGUUCUGGCCAUCGACUCCAUCCACCAGCUGGGCUUCAUCCACAGAGACAUCAAACCAGACAACCUGCUGCUGGACUCCAGGGGACACGUGAAGCUGUCAGAUUUUGGCCUGUGUACGGGACUGAAGAAGGCUCAUCGCACUGAAUUCUACAGGAACCUGACGCACAACCCGCCCAGCGAUUUCUCCUUUCAAAAUAUGAACUCCAAGAGGAAAGCAGAAACCUGGAAGAAGAACCGGAGGCAGCUGGCUUAUUCUACCGUGGGAACACCAGACUACAUUGCCCCGGAGGUAUUCCUGCAGACGGGAUACAACAAGCUGUGUGACUGGUGGUCUCUGGGGGUCAUCAUGUACGAAAUGCUCAUCGGUUACCCCCCCUUCUGCUCUGAGACGCCGCAGGAGACGUACAGGAAGGUGAUGAACUGGAAGGAAACGCUCGUCUUCCCGCCUGAAGUCCCCAUCUCCGAGAGGGCCAAAGACUUGAUAUUAAAGUAUUGCACUGAUCCUGAAAACAGGGUUGGAGCUGUGAGUGUGGAGGAGAUCAAAAGUCAUCAGUUCUUUGAGUCGGUGGACUGGGAGCACAUCAGGGAGCGGCCAGCAGCCAUCUCCAUUGAAAUCAAGAGCAUCGACGACACUUCGAACUUUGACGACUUCCCUGAAUCGGACAUCCUUCAGCCGGCUAAUGCAACGGAGCCGGACUUUAAGUCGAAGGAUUGGGUGUUCCUGAACUACACAUACAAGCGCUUCGAGGGUCUGACUCAGCGAGGCACCAUCCCCACAUACAUGAAGGCAGGGAAGGCCUGACAGAGCUGUGGAGCAGGAACAGACGUUUACGGACACAGGGUCGGGCCCCGGAGCCCCGCUGCUGCUGAAGGCUCUUGGCCUCUCAGAAUACAUUUAACCCUUAUCACAACUUAUUUAGGUCUGCUUCAAGAACGACAAGAGCUCGGAAACGAAGGAGCGUUACCGCAUUACCUCGGUUGUUUAUAUAUCGUAUACACGUGCCGUCUUUAGCCAUAGCUCUCAGGCCAGCUCCAUAACUAGGACUUUAAAAUCAGCGUCCCUGCAUGUACCUGCAGCAUAUUGCUUCUGGAGAGGCGACUUACUGCCAAAAGGGAAUAUUGGGAAUGAGGAUUGAGUACAAAUCAUUUGCACAGUUUCUACACUGGUGUCUAAAUUAGCUCUGAUGCAAACGUAAUGUAUCAUACUGAAGACUCUACUAAAACAGGCCCCCUUCACUUCCUGUCUGUGGAUUUUAAACGAAAGUUGUAGGACGAUUUCUAGAUAUUUGGCUCACUCUGCUUCAUAUUUCAGAGUUACUCAAACUAAAACAGAUAUCAUCUAUUUUUAAAAAGUGUAAAAAAAAGAUUUACUGACUGUCGGAAGCAUCAUGUUUUGGGAGAAAAGCUUCGGAAACCGCAGCAUCAUGUGAGACAACUUCUGCUGAUCCUGGUAGUGCUACUUAGCAAAAUACUAUCCCAAAUUGAAGGGAUAGAAAAUAUAAACGAAUGAGGGAGUUCAAUUAAAGUUAAAACCCUGCUGGAUCCGUCAUGCUGAUUGAAUCAUAUACAUGCCAAUCUAAGUGCAGAGUGUGUCAGCUGUGUUGUUUUUCAGAUCAGGUCUAACGCUAAUGAUUACUUCCCCAGAUUUAAUUCUAAUAACUUACCUCUCAGAUGGCAAAACGUGCAAAGUGCCUUUUUAAAAAGCUGAUAAAUAUUUAACCAGAUGUCUUGCAAUGUUAUCAUAGAUGAAUCAGAAGGUAUGAACUAGUAUUAUAAACUAAUGAAGCUAUUAAAAGGGGAGGAACAUUUGAAAAAGGGCCUGUAUAGAAAGACUUGUAUUGGUUAUAUGAGUAAACAAGGGGCUCAUAAAAACAGUGCACCUCUGAGAAACUAAAUUAGAAUAUUGGUGGGUAUCUUAGACAAGUAUACUUUGUUAAUUUUGAAUAAAGUAUCCAAUUACUGUAUUUAAUGUUACCUUUUCCCCCGCGCCCUAAAAGCUUAAUGUCAGGCAUGUCUUACUCACAGCGCUAAAAAUAGUUACCAAAUAACUAUUCACAUGUAGCUGUGGCUUAUUGCACUUAACUUACACUACCUUUUAAAACGAGAACACCUUUCCAAGAGUGCUACACUUGGGGAUGGAAUAAAUUGCCAUUACUAUUUCUACACUGUAGAAAGAUGAGUGAGCAGAGUGUCAAUAGCUAUUAAUGUACAUACAGGGACAGGAAAUAUAGACUGUAGACACCACAGGGCUCCCGUACUGAACCGAUCGUGGUGCUAUUUCUGAGGAAUUGAUAGAGAAAGUAAGUGGUUUUUCAGUCUGAUAGAUUAGAGGAGUGUGUGAUAACACCGUCUGUUGAUAUUAUUUGUUAUGUUUAACUCAUUUAUCCAGGUAGUCCGGUUACAAAUAGCCAAUAACCCAUAAUAAAGAUUUAGAGCUGCAUUGUCGCUAGUAGAAACAACAUAAGCAGUGUGCAAAUUAGGAAUGGCCAAUGUGUUAAAUCUUAAUUAUUUAUAAUGUUUUAUGUUUGUUUAAAAUGAGAUGUGUUAAUAUUCAGUGUAUUUAAAUUGGAUGAUUUCUAUAUCACCCUAAAAUGGGGGAACUUUACAAUUGUAAAAAUGGUAUACAAUUGUUGCAGCGUGGAGACGUUUCAAAAAAAGUUCCUACACUUCCCAUAAUGCAACUUGAUAGCAGCUUUUAUUAUACAGAAGAAUUAAUUGAACUGUUUUGAUGGAAAAUCCGUCGAGUGCCCCUUUAAUUACAAACAGAAAAUGUCAAGAAACACAAACUUAAACAAUCUGCCAUAAUACAAAUCCAAAAGUAUCAUUGUAACCCAAAUACCAUGCUGCAGUGAUGAUGUCAUUCUGUAGUCCAACCCA